GUCUCAUUUCCGUUCAUUUGACUAGUCGGGUCUAGCCUUCAUGCCGGAAGUGAGUAGAGUUGUGAGAGAGCAAGAUGGUGGCCACCAGGAGAGGAGUGCGUGUGAGCUCCCCAGCUAAAACAGACCCGGAGCACCGCUCUGAGGUCCAGGCCACUCCUUCCACUGCUCGGAGAACCAGGAGGACUACUAAGCAAGCAGAAAGUCCUACCCACGAUGGCGUUCUGGAGUCCUGCAGUCAGCUUGAGCAAAGUGCUGCACAAAAUUCAGAUUCUCCCUCGACCACCACAAAAAAGAGAUGCAGCAGAGCUUCAAGGCUUCACAGUCCAGAGCAGCCCUCCACCCCGGUGGGCUCCAUCCAUGAGGCGGAUGUGUCAGAGGCGGAGUCCUGCUGCUCAGUGGUGUCCGACAUUGAAUUGCCAGUGACGCGUACCAGGGGGAGGAGACAGACCCGCAAAGUUAACAAGGAAGAGGAGGAGAUAUCUGAGGUGGAGUCGUGCUCAUCUGCAGUGUCUGCAUCAAAACGUGGUCUAAGGAGUGCGAGAAAGAAGGCUGAAAGCUCAGACGCUGCUUGUGUCAAGGUGGAAGAUGUAAAAGCUGUCCUGGAGCUGGACACCGGGUCCUGCAGCUCCGUGGUGUCCAAUUCCCAGAGAGCCACCAGAAGUCAGAGAAAAGCUCGUACCAGAUCGUCUGCCAAACCCCAAACUGGGGAGUCUGAGCUCUCCGACGCUGACAGCUGCAUUUCCAGUGUGUCAGGAGCUGAUGUGUCCAAGUCCACUACUCGCAGAGCUACGAGAUCCAGAAGAAAAACUAGUCCCAUUCCUAUGCAUCUAGACGAGCCGUCAGGAAGCUCUCAGUCUCUGGCUCCAACACGUCGACAGACCAGGGCACUGAGAGGAAAGGCUGCAGCCCCUGCAGAGCUUAGUGAACCUCCGUCUUGUGACUCUGAAGGAUUUGAGUCCGGGCCUACUUACAGUUUGACCAGUCGCAGAAGUGGGAGGACCAGGUCGACAACUCUCAGAGCCAUGGAUUCAGACUCAGACGCUAUGGAUGUGCAUUCCCAAGUGGGGACCCCCAGCUCCACGCGAGCCAGAGGGACCCCCUGCAGCAGCCGCACAGGCUCGGGGAACAGCAGCCGGGGUGCUCCGGCCUCCAGGCGCUCAGCCAAGGACUGCAGCAUCGUUGUAGAAAAUGUAUCAGAAUCUGCCGAGGAGGGCAGCACAUUAAACGAUUCUAAAUUAGAAAGCACACUGAUUGCUGAGGAUGCAGAUGAAACGGUGGUGGAGGAAGAUGAGAGCCAAACGGUAGAAGAUCACGAGGGUGUGAAUAGUACCGAACUGUCGUCCACGAAAGCGGGUAGAAAAAAGGAAACGGAUUUCGCCUCUAAAGAAGAUUCCCAUGCAUCUCCCUCAGAACCUGUGAGCGAGCCUGCAGUGGUCAGCAAAAACCAGCAGGAGGAGCCGUCUGCUGGAAAUAAAGACGAGGACACUUUAGAGAUGGAAGUGAUGCAGGAAACAGUCCCAUCACCAGAGCGGUUAGAGCCUUGCCAAUCAGUUACAGAAACAACAUGUGAGAGGGCCUUGGAAACCACAGAGGAGGCCAAGGAGACGCAGAAAGCUGUGGACCUCCUCCCACCUCUGCCAGAUGAGUCUGUGGAUGAUGAUGUCAUCGUAGAAAACCGGCCUAGUGUGGGGGAGGAAAUGGAAGUCAGCACAUCUCAGCAGGUGGUUGAGUCCAUUCAGGUAACAUCAUAUCAGCAGCACAAGGUUACAGCAGGUUCUGACUCUGAACCCAAAGACGUCAUCGUGGAGAAGAGGACAGCAGUCAGUCUGCUGGACAGCAGUGAUGAGGAGGAGGAGGAUGAGGAGGAGAGGGAAGUUUCUGAAGAGGAGGAUUCGGGAUACAUGGGGAAGGAGAGGAGAGGGGGAAUUUGCAGAAAGUCAGAAGCUGGAGCUGCAUCAAUUGAGGGACUGUUUAUGAUUGACAAGCGGCCGGGAGAAGACGCAGAUGAGCUGUACUACAAAGAGGAGCGAUGGGAUGAAGAGGCAAGCACGCAGAAAGGAACUGAGGAGGAGGAGCAAGACGAGGAGUUUGUGGAUGAGGCUGGCGACGAGGACGAGGAUGAUGACAACGAUGCUAAAGUCCUGUUCUCUAGCAGAAACUCUCAUGUGAAAGAGUUGUCCAGCCGUAUUGACCCCGGCCUCAAAGUGAAGGAGCUCGGGGGUUUAUACAUCAGUUUUGAUGGCAGCAAAUCAAAGCCUGUCUCCAGUUCACUGCAAAAACUAAAGGAAAAGAAGAUCCAAGAUGAGGUGAUGAAGAAGAGUGUGAUUGGACCAGACUUUGAAAAGAAGGAUGCUGUGCCGCCAUACAGUGAAUCCAAACAUGCCCUAAAGCUGAAACGCAGAGCAGAGAGGGAGAAGUCAACAGGGGAUGGUUGGUUUAACAUGAAGGCCCCGGAGAUCACUCAGGAGCUGAAAGGAGACCUCCAAGUGCUGAAGAUGAGAGCAUCCUUGGAUCCUAAGAGGUUCUACAAGAAGAACGACAGAGAUGGCUUUCCCAAAUACUUUCAGGUUGGUACAGUGGUGGACAACGCUGCUGACUUCUAUCAUUCCCGUAUCCCUAAGAAGGAGAGGAAGAGAACCAUUGUGGAGGAGCUGCUCGCUGACGCAGAGUUCAGACAGAAAAACAAAAAGAGGUACCAGCAUGUUAUGGCAGAGAAAGCGGCACAGGAAGCUGGCAAGAAGAACAGGAAGAAGAAGAAAUUCCAUAAGAAGUAAAUCUGAAGACUUGAUGUGAUGAACAGUGACUCUGAGGGGCGUUUCUCUCAUUUAGAAAUGAAGCUCAUCAAUACAAAAUGGCUUUUUGAAGCAUUUUUAAUGUUUUGGAAAUUAAACACUCAUUCAUGACACUUCGGAUAGACUGUUUACAUGUGUGUACAUCAAGAGGCUGGCUGUAUAAAACACACAGUCCCAGACAAGUUGAUUCAGUAAGAACAAUAUUUUAAAACAUCCUUGUAUAGUCCUCAUUAAAUAUGGUGUACAUGCUCAUAUUUACAUCUGAACUUUUAGUUUUAUCAAUUCAAGUGUAAAUGCUUUGCUGCACAGCAAUCAGUCCCACUAAAAUACACAGCAUGAACAAUUAAAAAAAAUUUAAAAA